GAAGGGCAGGGCAGACCGCGAGAUGGACCCGUGAGUGGUGGCCCAGCAGACGUUCCAGAAGGAUCCCACGGGUGGACUCAUGUCGCGGAGCGGAGCCGGCUCUGAGCAGCGCCAGCGGCCGUCAGAGGCAGACGUCACUGCAACAACUUUCCGGGCGGGCGGUAAUGGCAGGGUGGCUGGGACGCGCAGAGACAUGGAGCCGAGCCGGCCCCUUCCUCAGGAAGUUCUUGUCCCCAUCCCCAAGGUCGGCACGCCCACCACCCGCAAGGCCGACCGGGACUGGGACUGCAGGCCAGUCGGCGCUGCGAAGGGCGCCUCCGAGUUGGGGCCGCGGGUGGGUGAGACCCUGGGGAGAAAGGGAGACUGACCUUGAACAUUUGCCCCCAGACCAUCAGCAUAUCCGCUACAACCCGCUGCAGGAUGAGUGGGUGCUAGUGUCAGCUCACCGCAUGAAGCGGCCCUGGCAGGGACAAGUGGAGCCCCGGCUUCUAGACACAGUGCCCCGCCAUGACCCCAACAACCCCCUGUGCCCUGGGGCUACACGGGCCAAUGGAGAAGUGAAUCCACAUUAUGAUGGCAACUUCCUGUUUGACAACGACUUCCCGGCUUUGCAGCCGGAUGCCCCCAAACCUGGACCCAGCGAUCAUCCCCUUUUCCAAGCAGAGGCUGCUCAAGGAGUUUGUAAGGUCAUGUGCUUCCACCCCUGGUCGGAUAUGACACUGCCACUCAUGUCAGUCCCCGAGAUCCGGGCUGUCAUCGAUGCAUGGGCCUCAGUCACAGAGGAGCUGGGUGCCCAGUACCCUUGGGUUCAGAUCUUUGAAAACAAAGGAGCCAUGAUGGGCUGUUCCAACCCCCACCCCCACUGCCAGGUGUGGGCCAGCAGUUUCUUGCCAGAUAUUGCCCAACGUGAGGAGCGGUCUCAGCGGGCCUAUCAGAGUCAGCAUGGAAGGCCCCUGCUAAUGGAGUAUAGCUACCAGGAGCUGCUCAGGAAGGAACGUCUGGUCCUGACCAGUGAGCACUGGUUAGUGCUGGUCCCCUUCUGGGCAGUGUGGCCCUUCCAGACACUGCUGCUGCCCCGUCGGCAUGUGCUGCGGCUACCUGAGCUGACUCCCGAGGAGCGUGAUGAUCUAGCCUCCAUCAUGAAGAAGCUUUUGAUCAAGUACGACAACCUAUUUGAGACGUCCUUUCCCUACUCCAUGGGCUGGCACGGGGCCCCUACGGGAUCAGAGGCUGGAGCCAACUGGGACCACUGGCAGCUGCAUGCUCAUUACUAUCCUCCACUUCUGCGCUCUGCCACCAUCCGGAAAUUCAUGGUUGGCUAUGAAAUGCUGGCCCAGUCUCAGAGGGACCUCACCCCUGAGCAGGCUGCAGAGAGACUAAGGGCUCUUCCUGAGGUUCAUUACCGCCUGGAGCAGAAAGACGGCAAGACAGCAGCCAUUGCCUAACAACCCUGACCACAGGGCCCUGACUCCUUCUGCCUGAGGGAACCAGGGCCUGAGGUUUGGGCAGAUGUGGGAUCAAUAAAACUAUGUUUCUCAAACUUUAA